AAAGAAAUCCAGUGCCACAGAAUAGUUUAGCCCGUGCAAUAAUCAGGUUUCUGGGAAAAAAAACAAGAACUCUCCACAAACACACAGACGACUAGUAUAAGACGCUGGAGAUUUUUUUUUCUUCGUGCAGAACAUGUUUGAUAUCUCAUGGAAGUUAAUGCAUUGCAACCGUCAGCAACACUGUCCGGAUUCUCAUCCAUCAACAAUUAAGAAGCCAACGAGACCCCGAGCUCAUUCCACGUACGAUCUUCAUGCCUCAUCAGCAGCCAUUGUCUAUAAACGCAUAAGAGCGAAGUAUGGAGCAGCGCACCGUAACCGCCGUAACGGCUAAAAUGACGACGGCCCAAUCGAGGAUCCGCAGCGAACUCGGCAAUUUUCCUUCGGGUCCCACAAAAUUCACCGUCAUCCACAGGCGGCCUGUUUUUUGCGCCCCUCCCUUGCAGCCGCAAACGCCGCCCACCGCCGCUAAUGGCAAGCAAAUACUGGCCAACGCCAUGUGUCGCUUCGCGCAUCAUCCCGUCGCCGUGACUGCUCAAAAGUCGUCCGCAUCCGAAUCGAGCAGGAGUUCAUCAGCCAUCACGACCACAAGCUCAUCAUCGGCGGGUCCGGCUCUAGUCAGCAGUCAGCAGCAAACAAAUGGCAAUAAGAGAACGGACGUCAAGACGACGGCCCAUCAGCCAAGUGCAGCCAAGUUGGCCAGCGUCAAGCCCAUCCUAAAGCGAUCGCUAUCAGCCGACCAUCUGGACGUUUUCCAACCAGUACCUGCCAAGAGGCCGUUCCCUGUACAGAUAUGGUUCAACAACCAACCUCGCGGUCCGCGUCCGCUAGUAGCGACAGCUUUUUGGCUCGACAGUCCCCUGCACGAUAGUCAAGCGUUCGUGUACACGAAGCUGUUGGAAGCGUCACAAGCGCGACGUUAUCUACUAUUGCAGAGCAAACCACGAAAGUACCUUCACAUGACUAGCGGAUGGAUCGUCGUCAUCAACAGUCCAGCACCAUCCUCUCGUUCAAAGUCGGAAUUGAUGUUGCCACCCAUGACGGUGAAGCUUUUGCCGCAAGUCAAACCGGUUCCGACGGUGGCCCAACAAAGGCCGCUACCGCAACAAACAACAGCAAAAACAACAGGUCAACCAGUAGGGAAAUCAGCUCAACCUGUCACGCCGUCAAAAACGCCACCACAAUUUAAAAAAUCACCGUCAAGUCAAUUACCUCCACCUCCGCCGCUGAUAAGCCUACGGCCAUCCGGAACAAUCACCAAGCGAGAAACGGAAUCGCCGCCGCCCUUUCAGGACUACCCGCUGGAAUUGUGCAAACGAAGGAAGCAAUCGGAUGAUUCAAUGUCCCCACCAGACAGUCCUCGUCUCGUGAUCAAUCAUUCGGCUCCCGCGUCUCCUCUCAAUCUUGCCGUUAACGCAUUGACCACCACGGCUAACACGAAUAACGGGUCGUCCACGUCGAUCAAACGAAAGAUCUCUCUUCCAGCGCCUUUCACGCUGACAGAGAACAAGAGUCAAAACGAGCCGUUGGAUUUGGCUUCGCCAAGUCCGACGACGGUUUUCAAUCGAAUGACUCUGACCGAGAUCCUAUCACCAGCCUCUCCAGCCACGGAGCACUUCCGACGUCGAUUGAUACUCGUCCUGCAAGUUCUUCUAGGCAAGCGAAGAUUGGUGAAUUUGGGUCAUCCGGAAGCUUCGGUCGAAGAAAUUCUGACGCGAAUAUUAAAGAAGGCCGACAUUGUUCCAGCAAAAAGCUCCGACAUUCGUCUCAAUUGGCUCAAAUUCCUCCGGCUCUGCGUCAAGAACGAUGACGCCUGGAUACGUGAAGGUUGGGACAGAAAAUCGCCAGACGCCAUCCUCGACGAAAUUUAUCUUCAAGAUGUUAUCCCCAUACUUCGAAAGUCGGAGCCUUCCAGACGAAUAAAUGAAUAUUUGCAAGAAGUCGACAUGGAAAAGAAUGUUACCUGACGUUCACGUCUCCGUAAUCAAGAGGGCUGAAAUGAUGCCACUUACAUGGCGGUAUACUUCAUACAUUUCGUCUCCUUUUUGUUCAGGUUUACCACGUUUCGAAAGUCACAAGAGAACGGAUGCGUUGACUGAAAAAAACCUACGUGCUAACCAAUCGCACUGUUCUCCUAUAUUAUUUGAAACAUAGAGCUAAAGAGUAAUUAUUACACCCCCAGUCCCGAAUCCAGACAAAAGAUAUAACAAACCAGUCUGAUUCGAAUGCCAAAACGAGCUCAAACCAAAGAUUUCCUCAUUUAACUAAAUACGUGUCGGAUCCCCUCCUUGUUUCUUUCUUUUCAUUUUUUUUUCUCCUUUUCUUUCUGAGUUUGUUCCAUGAUAGAUUUGAAUGUUGCAUGCAGUAGCAGCAACCCUCUUUAUUUUCCUUCUUUAAUUUGGCAGUGGAUGUGUAAUUUCGCCUUCCUGGAGGCAAUUGCCCAUGGGUGAAGUCACCCGGAUUCAUCCCCGCACAAUCCAGUUCUUGUUUCUGAAGAACGAUGGUUAUCCUUGAUCGCCAUUUGACUUGUUUGGGUCUCGUCGUGUUGUAUGUACUAUCUUGUCUGUAAUGAAAUAAAAUUGAAAUUAGAAUGU